CAUGCCGAACACGUGCUGCAUGCGUGAUCCUAGCGCUGUUUUGACACGUUGCAAUGCGAUAAGAGUAUGCAACAUUAUAUUGCAACGACGAUCAGAGUAUGCACAGCUGAUUGCUUAGUAUGGUGUCUUACUCUAAAAUAGUUUUAACCAGUGCGGAGUGGCAGUGGGCAAGUGCUUGUUAUUGUCAACUUACUUCACGGAAAGUUCUGCCUUCAUUGGUCGUUAACUUGGCUGUACCGUCGAGACUACAAAAACGAUCCUUUGCCAUCAUGGUUGCGCAGGGAUAUGAAGAAGCCAUCACUGCUCUGAAUGGAUUACAGUCUAAUGCGGCCACCAUCCCAAAUGUACGGAUGCAGAGUGACCUCAGCCAUUUCCAAUUACCAGAAACUAUAAAAUAUAUGCAGCGGGCAGGUGUCACCAUUGAUGAUCUUGAUCAACUGUCAGUUAUACAUGUAACAGGAACUAAAGGCAAGGGCUCAACAUGUGCCUUCACUGAGCAAAUAUUGCGCCAACAUGGAUACAAGACUGGCCUUUACACGUCUCCUCAUUUAGUGUCAGUGACAGAACGCAUCAGAAUAAAUGGCCGGCCAAUCCAUCGUGACGAUUUCACUAAACACUUCUGGAAUGUUUAUAACUCACUUUAUUGCAAGCAGGAGGGCCAAAAGGAUAUGCCUGCAUAUUUCAAAUUCAUGACAGUGUUGGCUCUCAAAGUUUUCUUGGAAGAAAACAUAGAUGUGGCUGUGCUCGAGGUUGGCAUUGGAGGUGAAUAUGACUGCACCAACGUUGUGAGGAAGCCUGUGGCAUGUGGCAUCACAAGUCUGGACUUGGACCACACUUCCCUCCUGGGCAACACUCUCGCUUCCAUAGCCUGGCACAAAGGCGGCAUAAUCAAGCCUGGUGCUGGAGUCUACACCACUGCAGGGCAGGAUCCUCAAGCAUUCAAUGUCCUGCUGCAGCGGGCUGCUGAAAAACAAUGCAAGUUGCUGGUGUGUCCAGCUCUGGACGACUACUCAAGCUGGACUGGCGCCCCCAUCCAUCUCGGUCUUGCUGGUCAAGUCCAGCGCAAUAAUGCCUCUCUGGCGCUCCAGCUCGCCAGACACUGGAUCUCUAAGCACGAUGUUGGCAACCACGUAAGAUCAAGCAGUGAUGAUCAUGUCAGUGAGCCUCUUGGCCUCGAUGUGGAAGGACGCGUCGCUCCUGCGUUCCCCUUGACUUACGAAGAGACCCGCGCCCUCCAAGAGGUUGUGUGGCCGGGUCGGUCCCAGGUGUUGGAGUUGGAGGGCAAGUUGACGUUCUUCCUUGACGGCGCCCACACGAGCCAGAGCAUGGCGGCCUGCGCUCAGUGGUUCAGUGAGGCGUCCGAGCAGCGGCGAGUCAAGCAAAGACAGAGCCGAUGUAUGAAAGUUCUUUGGUUCAACGCUACCGGCGAUCGAGAUGUCCAGAAGCUGCUUCAGAAGUUGCUUGAAGAGGACUUCGCAGUAGCCAUAUUUAGCACUAACAUGGCGUCACAGGACCCUAAAUUUGUAGACCAAAUCAACAGGACGGUGUCGGGACGAAGCGUCCUGCUGCGAUGCCAGACCAACUCGGAGACUUGGCAAUUUCUGCUGUCGUCACGAAUAUCCCGUCAAUGCUCAAAAAACAUCAGUGCCGAGACAAAAUAUGAGCCCAGUGUCGUUUGUAAGGAGGAAAACCAUAUGGAUUGCAUCAAUGUAAGAAAAAUCAACGAUGUAGACCAUUUUCCUCUGAGAGAUGUGACUGACUGCCGGCACGGCGAGCUGGGACAUGAGAAUUGUGGGGUUCAAGAUAGUGGAAUGAAUGCGAGUAGUAGGGAGGGGACCCGAGAAUUUCAAAAGAAACACUCGUCAGAAAAAUAUUCUUUAUUGGAUAAAGGCAGAAAUACGUUCGAGUCUAAUCCAGUAGCCAUUGGUACCAAUGUGAAAACCGAAAAAGAACCUUCAAUUAUUCACGAAAAUCGAAACUCAACUUUGGAAUCAUGUUCUGAUAGUGACUGUGUUAACAUUUUGUCAUCUACCUUUGUUGAAAACAAGCAGAGUGAUCAGGCGAGAAAACGAGAGACUGUUCUACAAGAGAACAUUUUCUCCACGAAAGGAAUGAAAUUGCUUGCAACUCAAAUUUCCAAUAAGCAUGUGAAAUCAUGCUUGAAGGAUGAAAAUUCAACUGAGACCAUAAACGCAAGUUUGGACCGGACACAUAUGUUGCAGCUCAUAGGCGCCGACGACUCGGAAAAUUCCUCACGAGCUGUGGUUAUCCCAUACAUACAAGAUGCCCUGCACUGGUUAAUUAACUCAAGCUUGGGCCUCAAUAACAACCAGAAUGAUUCAGAAAAUCGCGCUCGAGAUGAUCACGUUAGUCAUGAAGUAGAUCCCGUACGUGAGGCGUUGGCAGAAGCUGAUCAAAUUCACGUUUUGGUGACAGGAUCUCUUCACUUGGUUGGAGGAGUCCUAGCAAUUCUGGAUCCUUCUCUCGCCGACAGUCAGUCACAAAAACUGAAGGCGCCGAUGCAUAGACAUAAAAUGGCCUGUUAUUCUUCCCCUGGUGCGCCGUGAUGUGCCAAAAUAUUUUACUAUAAGUAAGCGCAAAAUAUAUCAUUUGUUGAUGCGGAAAUAUAUGUUACCGUUUCAACAUCAAAUACUCCAUGACAUUUUCGAGAGAGCUGAUGAGCGCUUAAUGUUACCAGACUCACUAAAUACAGCUAAUUGAUUACUGUUUAAAUCAUGCAUGUUCCCUGACUGCGAUAUUAUUCAGUUUAAUUUAACUUUAAAACUAUAAAUUUAAGGACUUCCUUGUGAAAUUUGUGUAAUAAAAUCAUUGCGUGUCUAUAAAGAAGUUAAUUGUUGAAUGAAAUGCAAUGCUUUAUCUAAUUUGUACUUACAUAGCUUGUUGAGGUAGAUAUGUGUGUUUUUAAAAUGUACCUAGUGCAGCUCAAAACGAUCUUAUUGAAUUUGUAUGGUGGCCUUAUUGCAGAACCAUUUUUUACUAUACAGUAUGUAUAUUAGUGCCUUUUAACGUGCGCUCCUCGUAUGUCCCUCAUUCCACCACUUGGUUUUUUUUCUGAUUAGAUGUUAUCCCAUAAAACUUUUUAACAAUCAACAGCUCAAGAUUUUUCCAGUAUUCAUGGUAAGCUUUCUUUGCUGUUGCUCUAUCCUAGGUAUAAUUUUAUCACUUAGCUGCCAGUAAACGUGCAUUAUAUACCAGUUUUGAAAGGAGUUCCUUUAGUAUCUGGAAAGGUUCAGUGAAGACUAGUAUACGAAUGCGUUAAUAUAGCUAUGAUAGAUUGUUGAAUGUUCAUAAAUGUAAAUGCUAAAUAUUAUUUAGCUCCAUAAUUCAGAUGAGCAGAAUUUAUAAUUUUUGUACCGAGUUAUUAGAAAGAACUCAGUAAUAAAUAGCCGUAUAGUUGACACGUCCAUAAACCUUGUGUCCACUCUACAUACUACCACUUAUGAGUAAAUGAUCCAAUUUA